UUUGGCAACACGGAUUUAUGUUGACAGAUUUCGUCAAUGGCGGUUAUGUUUGUUUAGGAUUGCUAUAAAAAUAAAUAAAGAAUGAAACGAGAAAAAACUGGAGAUAAUUGUCGGCCUUUUAAACUAGCUCAUCAGAUUGUUAGUUUAACUGGAAUAAGUUUUGAAAGGAAAAGUAUAAUUGGAUUUGUGGAAUUGACAAUAGUACCUCUGAGGGAUAAUUUGAGAAUCAUCAAAUUAAACGCCAAACAAUGUCGAAUAUACAGAGUUUUACUUAAUGACACUUACGAAGCACAUUUUCAGUAUUUUGAUCCAUUUCUUAAUGUUUGUCAAAAUGAUUUUGAUAAAAGAAACUUGGACAAAUUUUCGGAACAUCAUUUAAAUGCAGCUCUUAAAACAGAUCCAGACAAUAACGCUGGAGAGUUAAUUUUAACUAUUCCUCCAGAAGCAGCACAUGUCAUAUCAGAUGGAACCAAGUUAACAGUGGGGAUAGAAUUUUCUUUGGAACAACCUCAAGGUGGUCUACAUUUUGUGGUACCUGAAACUGAAGCAGGGACUUAUGCUGAGCGUGGAGCUCACUUAUAUACCUAUGGAUAUCAAAAUUCUUCACGUUUAUGGUUUCCAUGUGUGGAUAGCUUUGCUGAGACAUGCACGUGGAAGUUGGAAUUUACUGUGGAUGACGAAUUAACUGCAAUUUCAAAUGGUGACUUACAAGAAGUAGUAUAUACACCAGACAUGCGAAGGAAAACGUUUCACUAUUCAUUAAACGUUCCUACUUGUGCUCCUAACAUAUCUUUGGCAGUAGGGCCUUUUGAAAUUUAUGUGGAUCCUUAUAUGCAUGAAGUAACGCAUUUUUGUUUGCCGAAUUUACUCCCUUUACUUAAAGUCACAACAAGAUAUAUGCAUGAAGCAUUUGAGUUUUAUGAAGAAACCCUUUCCAAUAGAUAUCCAUAUUCUUGCUAUAAGCAAGUGUUUGUAGAUGAAACUGACAUAGACCAUAGAUCCUAUGCAACAAUGAGUAUCCUUAGUGUUAAUUUAUUACAUUCGGCGGUAAUUAUUGAUCAAGUUUAUAUCACGCGAAGAGCAAUGGCACAAGCAAUUGCAGAACAAUUUUUUGGAUGUUUUAUAUCUAUGCAGAAUUGGUCUGAUGUUUGGCUUAAUAAAGGUAUAAGUCAGUAUCUAUGUGGCCUAUACUGUAAAAAAAGUUUUGGUAAUAAUUAUUACCGACAAUUUGUUCAAAGUAUUUUAUUGGAUGUAGUUAAAUAUGAGGAACAAUUUGGAGGGAUUAUUUUAGAUCCGAGUCAGCCCCCUGCACCAUUACCAGUUGGUGUAAAUGCACCUCAAAAUAAUGUUAAACAAUGUGAAGAAAAGUUUUAUUUUUCUAUACGAAACUUACAAACCAUGUCUCCAAUUUACAUAGAAGCUUUACAUAAAAAAGCAUUAUUAAUAAUGAGAAUGUUAGAACAUAGAAUUGGACAAGAACUUUUGCUUCAAGUUUUUAACAAACAAUUAUCUUUAGCAACUAAUGCAGCCUCAUCCAAAAUUGGACAUGGACUUUGGAUUCAUAUGUUAAUCAGCACAAACGUUUUUACAAAAGCAAUUUUUACGGUAACUGGAAAAGAUAUGGCAGUUUUUAUCGACCAAUGGGUUAGAACUGGCGGACAUGCAAAGUUUCACUUAACAAGUGUAUUUAAUAGAAAAAGAAAUACCAUUGAACUGGAAAUUCGACAAGAUUCAACUUCUCAGACUGGUAUUAAAAAAUAUGUAGGACCCUUAUUAGUAACACUGCAGGAAUUGGACGGUACAUUUAAGCAUAAUCUUCAAAUAGAAAAUACCGUCGUUAAAGCAGAUAUAACUUGUCAUUCCAAAAGUAGACGUAAUAAAAAGAAAAAAAUUCCACUUUGUACGGGUGAAGAAGUAGAUAUGGAUUUAAGUCAAAUGGAUGACUCUCCAGUUUUGUGGAUAAGACUAGAUCCUGAAAUGACAUUAUUAAGAUCGGUGGUCAUAGAACAGCCAGAUUACCAGUGGCAAUAUCAAUUACGUCAUGAAAGAGACGUAACAGCUCAAAUAGAAGCAAUUUUAGCUUUGGAAAGAUAUCCUACGCCUCCCACAAGAUUGGCACUGACUGACACUAUUGAAAAUGAACAAUGUUAUUAUAAAGUAAGAUGUAGAGCUGCCCAUUGCCUGACAAAAGUUGCAAAUGCAAUGGUUGCAAAUUGGGCAGGCCCUCCAGCAAUGUUAGCAAUAUUUCGCAAAUUGUUUGGAUCGUUUGCAGCCCCUCAUAUAAUAAAACAAAAUAAUUUUCAAAACUUUCAACAUUAUUAUCUACAAAAAACAAUACCAUUAGCAAUGGCUGGCUUAAGAAAUACUCACGGAAUAUGCCCUCCUGAAGUUAUCAGGUUUUUGUUGGACCUAUUUAAAUAUAAUGACAACUCAAAAAACAGACAUUCAGAUAAUUAUUACAAAGCCGCAUUAAUAGAGGCCUUAGGAUGCACUGUUACUCCUGUUGUUUCAAUGGUUCAACAGGGUGCACCUAUUACAGCCGAAAAUUUGAGCGCUGAUGCCAAACUAAUUCUGGAGGAGGUAACCAGACUUCUUAAUUUAGAAAAAGCAUUACCAUGCUAUAAAUAUACUGUUUCUGUGUCUUGUCUUAAAGUUAUUAGAAAAUUACAAAAAUUUGGACAUUUACUUAGUAAACCAACUUUAUUUAAACGUUAUGCUCAGGAUGGACAUUUUAUUGAUGUUCGAUUGGCUGCACUUGAAUGCCUGGUAGAUUUUGUAAAAGCAGAUGGAAAAAAAGAAGAUUUGGAGGAUCUUUUAGAUAUUGUUGAAAAUGAUCCGGAUCCAGGAGUACGGCAUAAAUUAUGUCGACUUUUAAUUAUGAAUCCACCAUUUAAAAGGGCACACAGAGAGCGUUUAGAUCUUUCCGUCUUUGUUGAAAGAAUAUGGACCAACAUUAAUGGAAUGUUAUCACAUGAUACUAGACUGAGGUGUGACUUAGUUGACUUAUAUUAUACUUUAUAUGGUAUUAGAAGACCUGUCUGUUUACCUAUUACUGAAUUAGCUGGAAUAAUGUCCGCAUCUAAACUAGAUGCUAAGAAAGAUAAACAGUAUGCCCAAAAAUCUAAUACAUUUAAUAUAUUGGAUACUACAAAAGUUGCUUCAUCUCCAACAAAUGAGUCAUUUUCUCAUUAUUUAAGUGAUGGUUUACAAUGCAUGGAUAUAGAAUUUUUGAAUGAUAAUAAAAUAAAGGAAGAACCAAUGGAAGUUGAAAUGUCUGUUGCCCUGACAAAACAAGAAUAUUUUUCUGAUAAUUCAGUAUCAUUACCCGGUAUGGACCAAAGUGGCCCAGUGGGAUUUGAACCAGGAAUGUUUAAGAAAGAUAAUGAAGUCAAACUUAAGGAUAAGCUUGAUAAUGGAGGAAAGUUAAAAAAAAAAAAAAAAGAUAAAAAGAAACAUAAACAUAAGCAUAAACACAAGCAUGAACAUAAACAUAAUAAAGAUAAAAAAGAAAAGGAUCCCAAUAAGCUAAAAAUUAAAGAUGAAACAUUAAGUUCAAUGAGCUCUACACCAAGUCCAAAUCCACUUUAUCUAGGAGGAAACGAUGUUUUAUAACUUAUUUUAAAUGUAAUUGUAUGAAUUGUAUUACCCCAUUAAAAGUGCUGU